UAGCAUUGUCUCUGAUGGACAUUUCAUGCAACUCUGAAUAUAAUCAACUUGAAUAUCAAAUGAUGACGAACUUUCCUACACCCGAAGAGCUCAAUGAUAUUCUCUCUUUACCAUCUCUACAAACCAUGGAGCCCCAACUCUACAGCCAUCAGUCUCCAGUAGUAACCACGUUGAACGCAGAAGCUGCGAAACAACUCAAACAUAGAAGCUACGUGAAUACUACUACGAACCAAUGCUCAAGCGGGUUUGGUGAAUAUGGGGCUAUGGGAAACUUGCAGCCCAAGAAAGAGCAUACUCUAUUGGCUCAGAGGAACGUGUCACGUGGGGUUUCACAAGCAAGAGACCACAUAAUGGCUGAACGAAGACGCCGAGAGAAGCUGAGUCUACGCUUCAUUGCUUUAUCUACCAUCGUCCCUGGACUCAAGAAGACGGACAAGGCAUCAGUGCUUGGGGGCACAAUAAAGUACCUGAAACAUUUGCAAGAUAGAGUUAGGUUUCUUGAGGAGCAAGCCAGUCAGAGAACCAUUGAGUCAGUAGUGUAUUUGAACAAGUCGAGGCUCUCGGUUGCGGAUACAGAGCUAGAAUGUAUUGCGUUGCCCGAGAUCGAAGCUAGAUCGUCUGGUAUAAAUGUUCUGAUAAGAGUUCACUGUGAAAGAAGGAAGGGGGUUGUUGAGAUCACUAUGGCUGAAAUUGAAAAGCUUAAACUGACCGUGAUAAACAGCAGUGUCAUCACUUUUGGAUCCAGUUCCCUUCAUCUCACCAUUAUUUCUCAGAUGGGCGAGGGAUUCAAUAUCACAACAAAGGAUGUUGCCACGAGCAUCAAAUCAAGCCUCGAAGCUUUUAUGAAUGCCAAUCUCGUCUGAGGAAAUAAUAUAAUUACAAUAAAAUUAUAUAAAAGCAUAUAUAACUAAGAUCUUACAAAUUGGAAGCUCCGGUAUAUUUUCACCACUAUAAGACCUUUUUCUCCCAAACUCUUUUAUCUUCUCGCAGUUCGAUUUUUUGGAGGGGUUUAUUCUUUUUUCCCUUUCCCUUUUAAGACUUCAAAACACAAAUGAGAAGAAGAAUGCCUAUUUUUGCAUGGGGUCUAAUAGAAAAAGGCACCAUGUGUUUCCAAACUAUGAGUUUUCUUUCUUUUUCUUA